AUGUUUGUCUUCAAGCGAGAUGGACGCAAAGAACGCGUGCAGUUCGACAAGAUCACAGCUCGCGUCUCGAGGCUGUGCUACGGGCUUGAUCCUGACCAUGUCGACCCUGCUGCCAUCACAAUGAAGGUCAUCUCCGGCGUGUACCAGGGCGUGAACACAGUCCAGCUCGACGACUUGGCCGCCGAGACAGCAGCAUACAUGACCACCACACAUCCCGACUACGCCAUCCUUGCCGCGCGUAUCGCCGUCUCCAACCUCCACAAGCAGACAAAGAAGCAGUUCUCUGCCGUCGUCCACGACCUUUACACAUAUAUCAAUCCCAAGAACGGCAAGAGCCAGCCCAUGAUCUCGGACAGAGUCUACAAGAUCAUCCAGGACCAUGCCGAUGAGCUCAACAGCGCCAUCGUCUACGACCGUGACUUUAACUACCAGUUCUUCGGCUUCAAGACACUGGAGCGCUCAUAUCUCCUCCGCAUCAACGGAAAAGUUGCCGAACGCCCACAGCACAUGCUCAUGCGCGUCGCUGUUGGUAUCCACAUGGAGGACAUUGAGAAGGCCAUCGAGACAUACGACUACAUGUCGCAAAAGUACUUCACACACGCGUCGCCGACGCUCUUCAACGCGGGCACACCAUCCCCACAAAUGUCAUCUUGCUUCCUCAUCGACAUGAAGGAAGACAGCAUUGACGGUAUCUACGACACAUUGAAGACUUGUGCGUUGAUCUCCAAGACUGCUGGCGGUAUUGGUCUCAAUGUGCACCGCAUUCGUGCCACUGGCUCCUAUAUCGGAGGAACCAAUGGAACAUCGAACGGUCUCAUCCCUAUGCUUCGUGUCUACAACAACACCGCCCGCUACGUCGACCAGGGUGGCAACAAGCGCCCUGGUGCGUUCGCCAUCUACCUCGAGCCAUGGCACGCUGACGUCUUCGGCUUCCUCGACUUGAGGAAGAACCACGGCAAGGAGGAGGUUCGUGCUCGCGACUUGUUCUAUGCCCUGUGGAUCCCCGAUCUUUUCAUGCAGCGUGUCCAGGAGAAUGGCGAGUGGACGCUUAUGUGCCCCAACGAGUGCCCAGGUCUUGCUGACGUCUACGGCGACGAGUUCGUUGCCCUGUACGAGAAGUAUGAGAGAGAGAAUAAGGGUCGCGAGACCGUCCGUGCCCAAAAGCUCUGGUAUGCCAUCCUCGAGGCUCAGACCGAGACUGGCAACCCCUUCAUGCUUUACAAGGAUGCCGCCAACAGGAAGAGCAACCAGAAGAACCUCGGUACCAUUCGCAGCUCCAACCUGUGCACUGAGAUCAUCGAAUACACAGCGCCAGAUGAGGUUGCCGUUUGCAACUUGGCUUCCGUUGCUCUGCCAUCGUUUGUUGACUACAAGCGGGGUGUGUUCGACUUCAAGAAGCUCCACGAGGUCGUGCAGGUCUGUACCCGCAACCUCAACAAGAUCAUUGAGGUCAAUCACUACCCUGUCGAGGAGGCACGCCGUAGCAACUUCCGUCACAGGCCUAUCGGUCUGGGUGUACAAGGUCUUGCCGAUGCUUUCCUUGCUCUUCGUUUGCCUUUCGAGUCUCCCGAGGCCAAGAAGCUCAACACCCAGAUCUUCGAGACCAUCUACCACGCUGCCUUGACCUCUUCCUGCGACAUCGCCAAGGAGCUUGGCCCUUACACCACGUACGAAGGCUCGCCCAUUUCUCAGGGUCAGCUCCAGUAUGACAUGUGGGGUGUCACUCCUACCGACCUCUGGGAUUGGGCUUCGCUGAAGGAGAAGAUCGCACAGCAUGGUGUCCGCAACUCUCUGCUCGUUGCACCUAUGCCCACUGCCUCCACUUCCCAGAUCCUCGGCAACAACGAGUGCUUCGAGCCAUACACAUCAAACAUCUACUCUCGUCGUGUGCUCGCUGGUGAGUUCCAGGUUGUCAACCCCUGGUUGCUCAAGGAUCUUGUCGACAUGGGUCUUUGGACCGAGAACAUGAAGAACCGCAUCAUCGCCGACGGUGGUUCUAUCCAGCGCAUCCCCAACAUCCCUGAUGAGAUCAAGACCUUAUACAAGACUGUCUGGGAAAUCUCGCAGCGUACCAUCAUUCAGAUGGCCGCUGACCGUGGUGCCUUCAUUGACCAGUCUCAGUCACUGAACAUCCACAUGAAGGAGCCUACCAUGGGCAAGAUCACCUCCAUGCACUUCGCCGGAUGGAAGCUUGGUCUCAAGACCGGCAUGUACUAUCUCCGAACCAUGGCUGCUUCGGCCCCCAUUCAGUUCACCGUCGACCAAGAGGCUCUCAAGGUUGAGGACACCAACAUCGCUCGUGCCCUCCCAUCGAAGAGACGCCAGCCAGGCUUCCAGCAGGCUGGUGUCGGCUCGCCGUCUCCCACCCCGGCUCCAAGACCUAUGUACGCCACCAAGACCCCCAAUGGUGUCUCAGAAGCCGUGAACGGUGUACCAACACCAUCAGCCACCCCACCACCUGCUGCUGAGAACAGACUCCCACCCGUGGAGAACGCCCUGGCCAGUAAGCCCUUCAAGGCCGAUGUUGAGGAAGGCGACAGCCCCAGGCUUGUCGCUGCCGACUCCACCAGCAAACCUGUUGAAGAGGACUCUUCGUCCAAAGACAAGCAAGCUGAAGAUGCAGAUGACGACAGCAAAGAGCGGGAUGGUGACAUAUAUGCCGAAGCUGCUCUUGCCUGCUCGAUAGAGAACCCUGAGUCCUGCCUCAUGUGCUCUGGUUAG